AUGACUGAAAACAUCAACCGGGAUUGCAUUUACCAUGCAGAACGCGGGGGACGGCAAUGCUAACAGCUACAACGUGCUCGUAAGACCGACGAGCAAACAACGCUACCCUCACCACUACCACCAUCCGCCAACCGCCAACCACCAACCACCAACCACCAACCGCCAACCGCCAACCACCCACCAACCGCCAACCGCUACCAAGACCCCAUUCCGCUCAUCACCACCAUGAGCACUACAUACCAUCACAACGAACGAAGAGCACGAACAAAGGUAAGGUGUCGAUCAACCGAUAAGACAAAAACCGAUCACGCUAAGGGGACAAAGGGCGACGUGACUGAGCAGGAUUGGAGAGGAGGAUGAGGCAGACGAGGCAGAUAAAACGGAUCGUGAUGUCGCCAGAGCAACCAGAGAAGAGAGAAGGAACGGCGAAGAAUAUGCGCGAGUAGAAAGUAUCGAGGAGGGAGCAAGAUCAGCUCUCUCUCUCGUGAAUGUAGAAAGGUGCAGAAUAAGGGAGAGGGCCGAGGAAUGCGCGUGGGUGGAAAGGAGGAAUAUAUAUAUAACACAAAAGUACCCCUUGUUCGCAGUGACGGUAUCGAGUGGCCAGAUGGCGAUAGGCGGGGUGAAGCUUGCGUUCGCCCCUGCGCCCAACCCCUGCUUCAUAUUGCCCCUCAUCUCUGGGCAACGGGAACUUGCCCACGAUAUGCUCCAGCGGGAGCGCCAGUCGGAUACGGCCUCGCACCUCCCGCCGGCUGUGCGGUUCCAUUCGUCCUCCCCUGUUGCUGCUGCUGC